CUUUGGGGUACUUAUAUUUUUUUUAUACUACAAUAACAUCAAAUACAAAGUUGUAAGCAGAAGCGCAUUAUUGAAUGUUGUCCUAAAUUUUUUAUAGGUACUUAAAUGUAGAAUUAUAGACAAGUAUAGUAUAGUACCUGACGUACAGCGUUAAACUUGUUAUCGAUUCGAUUUGGCAAUCGAUUUUUAAAUUCGACUCGUUAUAACUAAAACCUUGAGCUAUUUUAGUUUGGUUUAGCUACUUAAUGAAAUAAAUUGUUGUAGUAUCUUUGUACCUACUGUACUGUGUUGUACAGUAUUGCCAUACUUACGUUCCCUCUUUUUUUCAAAUUAAUCCAAAAAUAGAAAUGUAUUCAUCGAUUCCUGUCGACUUUCGACUCAAUCAAUGGUUCAUUUCAUAAGUCAACUUGCUGUCAGUGUCACUGUCAUUGCGUUCUAAAAAAGUAAACAAAUACACAUGGCUGAUGGCAAUGCCACAAAGCAUUAAUACAACAAUUUAAUUGUAAUUUGUGACAGAAAACUGUGAUAAAUAUUAGUUUUUAUUAAAUUUCUACAUUAAUCAUAUAUACGAGAGGUCUGACAAUGAAUCAAAGAUGGAUGUAGAUGAAAUAGUGUCACGAUCUUCUUUUUCCAUGUUAGAAGGAAAAGUGGACAGCAGAAUCUUGAAAGCAUUGAAUUCUAUGGGUAUGGAGAAACCAACACGUAUUCAAGCUGAAGCUUUACCACAUUUACUUCAAGGGAAAGAUCUUAUUGGUGCGGCUAAAACAGGCAGUGGAAAGACCUUGGCAUUCUUAAUACCAGUUGUUGAUAAUUUGCUCAAGUUAGGAUGGUCUGCUAAGGGAGGUACUGGAUGUAUAAUUUUAUCACCUACAAGAGAACUAGCAUUACAAACAUCUGAUGUAUUGAAGAAACUUCUAAUGAACAUUCCUUUAUCACAUUGCCUUAUUGUGGGAGGUGAGAAAAGAGCUAAAGACAUUAUAAAAUUGAAGAAAGGUGCAAAUAUCAUAGUCGGAACUCCAGGUCGGUUUUUAGACCAUCUGCAAAGUACGGAAAAGUUUAAUUGUAACAAGCUGCAGUGUUUAGUGUUAGAUGAGGCUGAUAAACUUUUAGAAGCAGGCUUUCAGAAGCACAUAACUGGCAUUGUUAAUUUGUUACCAACAAAAAGACAAACAGUUUUAUUCAGUGCUACUAUGGGCGAAAAUGUCAAGAAUCUCGCCAGGUUGGCACUGAGAACCGAUCCAGUUUUAGUAUCUGUAACUGAUAACAAAACAUCCACAGUGACGGGAUUGCAACAGGGGUAUUACAUUUGUCCAGUAGAAAAAAGGAUAGCAUGGUUGUACAAAAUGCUGAAGAAAAGUAAAAAGCUUAAAGUUAUGGUAUUCUUCUCGUCAUGUCGGUCUGUGGAUUUUCAUCACGAAUUUUUUCAAGAACAUUGCAAAGCUUCUGUUUUAAGUAUACAUGGUCAGCAAAGUCAAGCUAGGAGGAAAGAAGCGUAUCAUAAUUUUAUUGAAGCGCAAAACGGGGUUUUAUUUUGUACUGACGUGGCUGCACGCGGUUUGGAUAUUCCUAGUGUUGAUUGGAUUGUGCAGUAUGACCCACCUUCAGAUCCUAAGGAAUAUAUUCAUCGAGUUGGUCGCACGGCCAGAGGACUCAAUAACAAAGGAAAUGCAGUCAUAUUAUUAAGACCAGAAGAAGAGAAUUUUAUAAAAUUUUUGGAAAAAGAAAAGGUGUUUUUAGAUAAAUAUACUUUUGGAGAACCUCCUAAUGAAGUUCAAGAAAUGCUAGAAGAUUUAAUAGCUAAUAAUGGAGUAAUGAAGACAUCAGCAAGGAAGGCGUACCUGUCAUUUCUCAGGUGUUAUAAGAAGCAUCCGCUUAAGAAGAUAUUCGAUAUCAACUCCUUGGAUUUAAAACUAGCUGCUAAGGCCUUUGGGUUUCAAGAACAGCCUCACGUAGACUUUUGUAUCCUUUCCAAAAAUAAGUAGAUUGUACAGAUGCUACGUUUGCGAUUCAAUGACCACAUGCUGCCAAUGCUGCUCAUAGUUAUGAGCCUGUCUUCUAGCAUGGCUUGAAACUAGUAAGAGCCGAAAAACAUAAUAAUUAAUUUUAUUAUGGCUCACGAAAGUUAUAAUAUAAAUCUAAAUGUUGUUAAGUCUGUAAAUAAAUACGUAUUUGCUCAGACUCAUCUUAAACCGAUAUGUUAACGUGUCUACGUUUAUUACACUUAUUAAUAAAAAAUCGACACGUAUUCACACAAUGCAUAUCGUGUGGUAGUUUACUUCUAAACAUGAGUUGCAUUAUUUUAUAUAUUUGUAAACACGUAGCUCUCAAGAUUAAUCUCAGUGCACCCAAAAUGAUAACAUUCUAGAUAAAUUCCCGCCAAAACAUUUGACAAUGUAAUAACAGAAAUUACAUAAUAUAAUUGUUUUCUUAACUGUAUCU